UUUCUGCUACACAAAAUCCAUCCAUUGCAUUUAUGCAGCGUUAUUUUGCCCAAUUCCGAAAUAAAACGUAACUAUUGGGGAGAAAAUAAAAGGGGAAGAAAAAGGAAAAGAACGCAGUGAGAGAGAGAGGAAAAGGAGUGCCUCUCGUCCUCAUAUAAAUGCUUCUUCUCGAAUCUUAGAUUUCAGUCUCGCUUUCCUCAUCCGGGUUUCUUUAAUUCGGUAUACAUUCUCUAAAAAUUCUCUCUUCUGGAUUUUCUUUCGUUUCGUUUCUUCUUCAAAGUUCAUCUUGAUCGAUUCCGGUUGCUGUUCCGUCUGCUCUGUUUCUUCUCCAGGAUCGUGGGUCGAUCGGUCGGUGGAAUCCGAUCACGACCCAGCUGUUCUUAUUUGUAGAUACCGCCGUCGAAGUUCCCGAAUUGUUACAAGAAUGGAGAUGGAUUCAUGUAAGCUAUUCAUCGGUGGCAUAUCCUGGGAGACAAGCGAAGAUUGUCUCCGCGAGUAUUUUCAGUCAUUUGGUGAGGUUUUAGAGGCAGUGAUCAUGAAGGAUCGAGCCACUGGCCGUGCCCGUGGCUUCGGUUUCAUCCUUUUCCGAGACCCAAAUGUUGCAGAGAGAGUCGCUUUGCAGAAACACAUGAUAGAUGGUAAAACUGUUGAGGCGAAGAAGGCAGUUCCAAGAGAUGAUCAUACGGACUUACACAAAAGCAACGGCGGCAUCCAAGGAAACAACAGAAAGAUAUUCGUAGGGGGAUUAGCCUCAUCUGUGACAGUGGCCGAGUUCAAGAAAUAUUUUGCACAGUUUGGGACGAUCAUGGACGUUGUGGUGAUGUAUGACCACAAAACUCAGCGUCGAAGAGGCUUUGGGUUCGUCACGUAUGGUUCUGAGUACGCUGUGGGCAAAGUACUGCACAGGACGUUCCACGAGCUUAAUGGUAAGAUGGUCGAGGUCAAGCUGGCGGUUCCUAAGGAAAUGUCUCCUAGCCCUAACAGGAACCUAAUGAAUCCGAACGACUUGGGGAGCAGUAGAAUCAGUACGUUACUUAAUCAGGGGUUUAAUCCAAACCCGAGUCCAGUCAUUGGCUAUGGAGUAAAACCCGAAGGUCGAAACAGUCCAGCACCACUUAAACGGACUGGAUUCUCCCCUUUUGGCCACGAAUACAGGAUCGAUCUGAAUCUUGAAGCAAGCCCAAAUCAAACCAGAGGCGUUGGAUGGCCAUAUAGCCCUGGAUACUCAGCGAGUCUUGGCAAUCCUGGUGAGUUGGCUGGAGGAAACGGUGUUCUAAAACCGGCAUUGAGAAAUCAUCUAUGGAGAGACGGCAGUCUCGGUUAUGGAUCAAACUCUCCGAUAUCAAGAAGCAGUUUUAACGAAAACUCAAGAACGCCUCAGCCGGGCAGCAUUGGAGGGUCAACAUCUCGUUCGCUUAGCUAUCACGGGUACAGAAGUGACUUGGAUUUCGGCAGAAGCAAAGGUGUUGGAGGAGAUGUCAGCAAUGGCGGGGAUUACAGCAGUCUCUUUGGCGCUCGCUCGCUGACAUGGCAUCCGUCAUCGCCUUCUGGAGUCGGCUCCCUUCCUUUCGGGUUGGGGAUUGGACCAUUUGAGAAAGUGACCGGCAGGCAAUCAAACGGAGGAAUUGCAGCUUAGCAUUGAAGAGAUCCGCAUGACAUCACAAAGUGAG